CUGGCUUCGAGCGCGGAAACUGAGACUGAGACUCGGGGGAAUCGACAUGCAUCCGAAGUUCUGAAAACUCCUCUGGGAAAUCACCCUGAAGGGGAACUAGAGUCUCCUUUCCAUCCAAGAACGCUCCCGCCGUGACAUUCCUUCUUCGCUAUCUUCGUCUUUUCUUCUCCCUCGCUCCUGGGACCGCAGCCUCUCCCAAUGCAAUCGAACAUCUCGAACACUGAAUCAAAGGACUCUGACUGUGGCUCAUCCUUGCUCGAGCGUGAUGAACUCCAGUCGCAGAGGGUUUAUCCAAGGCUUCGUCGUUUUUCCAGCAUCUAUGCCACCAAAGCUUCCAAUGUCACGGAAACCUCCCCCGUUCGACAACCUCACGAUGAGACCUGGAUUCCUAUCUUCUCUGUCCCUGACUACCGCAACGCGUCGGAAUUCGUGCCUCCCGCCUCGCACUUCGUCUCUCCCUUCGAUCAGCCUGCACUGAAGCGGAUCGUAUCUGUGCCUAAUCCCAUACGAACGCCCCGAUCCACGCCUUCUUUCAUGCGAGCCUAUCAAGUAUCUGAGUGUCAUGAGAAACGGCGCGAAGAGUCGAUUACAUCGACAAUUGACUCUGUCUCAGCCGACAGCACAGGCUCUGAAGCAUCCAGCGAAAUUGGCGCAAGCUCAAAGAGAUCACUGGGCUCGGACCUCGGCGAAGGAGCGCUUAUCAUAGAGGGGGAGAACAGCGAUGGCGAGGAUCAAGUCACUCUUGGCAUGAAGCUCAAGGCCCUUCCGUCUGGUGUGGGUGGAUUCCUGGCGAUGCUCUCCCAAAGCGCUCCUUUCGACCCUGAUCGACCUGGCCUACCACCUGAUGCUCGUCAGCAGCAGCAGGUCGUUUUCCGAUCGAACCUGGGCCACAUGAUGCAGCCAUACGGUCCAGGGCGCACGAUCAACAUGUUCUACCAAAAUAUCGGUCACGUCGUCGAGACCAAAGCAAAUCAACUCGCACAUCGACUCGGAUACGGUCCUCUUGCGGCGAGGGAAAAGAUCGAGGCUACGAUGGGAGAAGGAGAUUUCAGGCUGGCGCGCCUGCGCGCCGUCGAAUCGAGAAACAAGAUGGAUAAUUUCGCGAAAGAAGAUGCAGAUUUCAUCAAAGCACUGGGGAAACAUUGCUGCACGUUGCUGACAUAUACGCAGCGUUCUGAGGCCGUCAUAACGCACAUACAAGCGUUCAACAGCAUAUUCGGGCUCGUAGGCCUGUACCCCGGACUACGCGCCUUCUUCCUCGCCUCGUCUAUGCUGCGCUCUGCUGGAGGUCUCCAAGCACCGAACAUCCAGGAAUUGUGGGACUCGUCGAGACCAAGCGUGUUCAGGUCGGACCGAGAGUUACAGGAACGACAGUACUGGUCUACACUGGCUGCUUCCGCUUUGGCCCAGACGGAGAUCUCUGAACUCUUCGACCGCACUCAGGUCGAGAAUUUGACGGCUUGUGGCUCUGAGAUGUGUGCUAUCGAAAAACUAAUGAUCAGUGUCUCAGACCACGAGAACGCUCAUCGCCCACUGGCCAUCCGGUGUCUCCAUGGAAUCCUCACCCUUCCUCUCUUCUGGGUCUCGCUCGACCGGCGACGUAUCGAGCUUGUGCGAAAACUUUGUGUCACCAUCUUGCUCGUCUUGCAGGACUUGGACAUGGACAAUCUGAAUCCCACAAUCGACGAGCAAGAUAUCGAUAAGCGUCCACUGUACGAUUUUGACGGGCUGGAUCUUCUGAUUAGCGUGGUGCUGGAUGGAAUGUGUGCCUGGAGAACUGAGUUCGUCCGGAAACGUGCCAAGCGACCCGGCGCCACCCUCGACCCAGACGAUUCCAGCUUCAAAAAAUUCUGUGAGGUGGUUUCCAUGCUACGUCGCCCUCUGCCACAGAAGCUAUUGCCUCAAUCGUCACCCCGGGCUACUGGGCAAGACAUCGAACGCCUCCUGGAUGGUCAAGUCAGCCAGGAGAUCCUUGAGUGUCACAUCUGGACCAGAAGUCCUGGGGCCAGUGAGAAGGUGCCGAUUACUUCAGCCACAGCUCGGCACCCAUCCGCCAGAUCAGAGGCUUGCACAUUCCAAGCCACUCGAUCCAUGAGUUCUCGUAGCGAACGUCCAUUGCGGUCUCACAGAGCUUCGCACACGCGAGACUCAACACCGAGCAUGCUUUGGACUGCCCCAAAGCCGCCGCCAGAUCUUACCGAGGACUGGGAUGCCAGGAAGAGAAAGGUCGAACCGGAUGAGAAUUGGUGGAUCUCUUACGAAUUCACCAAGGAUAACGCAAAACCUCUAUGGCCCUUACCCCAGCCUCGCGACUCUGAUACUGGUGCUGACGGCACGAUUCGACGGGGCCGUCAACGACAGUCGAGGUCCACUUUGCAGCGUCGAAUGCGUCUAUCACCACGCGGCAAAACUUCCCCGAUUGCCGCUGUCCAUGGGCUUCCUCAGCCAGGGUGGGUCGACCCCCACGUCCACCAUGGUAUACCAUCGAUCGUGAUAUCUCAUGUGGACGAGGACGAGGACGAGUGCGAGGACGACAGCUUAUCACAUUCUUCUCUCGACGCGUUCAGUCUAGGCUAUCCCUCUCCAAAGAGCGACACGUCGGUUCCGAGUGACUCUGACGAUGCAGUUUCGGACGCUGGCGGAGAAUCGCUUCCCAGUCCUCAGAGUGUCAGCGUCUCUCCUCCACCGGCAUGGAAAAGCUGGAGCGAGGAGGCGAAGCGAUAUUCCCCGUGGCAGGCCAGAGCGUCAUCUUUGAGCCCUUCUCCAACUUCCGUCACUCAGCCGCUUCCACCAUCUUCCCAGAUUCCCGCCAUGCGGUUGAGGCCGCGGUCGCCUUCGCCCUUAGGAGAGUUCUCAUCCUUGAUCGCCUUCGGCUCUGUGACGGUCGACACACAAGGGAGCUGUGAGGAGGACAAGCACGAUGAGGAUGAAGAUGAAGAUGAAGAUGAAGCCACAGUGUCGCAAUCUGAGUCGGAGACUCGACUGGCGACAGUUUACGCGCGCAUAUACGUCAUCUCCGUUCGCGACAAAACCUCCGUGGAUGCACUGGGAAGCGGAAGCACAAAGGUCCAGCACACGGAGCAGGCCGGUGUCGAGUAGCUCCAGACAACCUCAAUCCCCAGGGUCUUGGUCCUCACAGUCAUGUUCUUCGGCUCUAACCAGUUGGGAUGUGGGCGAAGACUAGGAGGAGUUGGGAAUGUGCUCAAAUUCGUUGAAUGACUUAGGCAGUGGACUGGCAGUGUCGAGAAUCUUUGUCAGAGGCAACAGCCACUGAUAUGACAGAUAGGAGAUUGGUUGUAUCCGCGGAUGUAGAAUCCUGGAGCUCGCUGCAGCGGAAUAAUCGUUUAAUUGUAUUGUGUGACGUUCAAUAUCUAAUCUACCCAUGUAAUGAAUUCACACUCUUGCUCCGACUCUAGAAAGCUGCGAUCGCUGUUGAAAACGACGGAAGCAGUGUUGGGUACCGCCACGAAUGAUCUGCACGAAGCGUGAGUGCUGGAAUUAUUCACCGAGCCCGAGGUGUCG